UACCAGCUCCUCCUCCUAUUACAGGAUAGGCUGGUGGGAGUGCCUCACAGCCAUUGCCAGUCUCUAAUUGGACGGCUUGGAAGUCAAUCACAUAGCUGUAGUCACUCCAGCGAACGGUGAUCAGGUCAAGGGCGGGAUUUGUUGGAAUACUGGUGUGAAGAAAAAAAAAUAACUCGUGCAGGACCCUCGAUUACUCAUUCCGUCCAGGUACAGCGGAAGCCAACCGACCUGAGGUGCUCGGCUCCCGUUAUUCUCGUGUGCAUGCGACAGAUAUCGGUUGACUUCGAGCGACGCUUCCGUGCCUCCUGCAUCAGCCGCGGCUGUGCUUCAUAGGGAAUUAUAGCAGCAGGAAUGCGCAUUAAAUGAUCGCUCUUAUGUUUCAGUGCACUCGCGCAGGGGAAAUGAUGCAUUGAGGACCGGCUGCUUUGCGGGCGUUUAUCUUCAGAGCUUCAUUACAUCCACCUCGAACGGCGAACCUAUACAAUGGCUACUCUUUUGCGCAAAAUCGGACUCAUUCGGCUGCACGACCGAGACACAGAGGACCCGAAGCAUCACCACCAGGGCUCUUUGAAAGGGACUAAAGGCAACCAGAAAAACAACAACACGAAGCACUGCAACACCAGCAACGAGACCAACAACAUCCUCAGCACGCCCGAAAUCAAAGCCAGGCGCUUCGACGUGUCCGGCAAGGACAAACCAGUCGUCAAACAGGACAAACCGAUCAAGGACACGAAAGAGAAGCAGCAAACGGCGGGCAGCAAGGCGACGAGCGGCUCCGUGAUGCUCCCGCCGGCGGCGAACCGACAACACUGCACCCAGGUGCGGACGCGGAGGCUGAUGAAGGAGCUCCAGGAGAUUCGUCGGCUCGGCGACAGCUUCAUCACGGUGGAGCUGGCGGACGAUAACCUCUUUGACUGGAAUGUCAAGCUGCAUCAGGUGGACAAGGACUCUGCGCUAUGGCAGGACAUGAAGGAGACCAACACCGAGUUCAUACUGCUGAAUGUCACCUUCCCCGACAAUUUCCCCUUCUCUCCUCCGUUCAUGCGCGUCCUCACGCCGCGGCUGGAGAACGGAUACGUGCUGGACGGAGGCGCGAUCUGCAUGGAGUUAUUAACGCCCCGCGGCUGGUCGAGCGCAUACACCGUCGAGGCCGUGAUGAGGCAGUUUGCUGCCAGUCUGGUGAAAGGACAGGGUCGCAUCUGCAGGAAAGCAGGCAAGUCUAAGAAGGCCUUUAGUCGCAAGGAAGCUGAAGCAACCUUUAAGAGUCUUGUCAAGACCCAUGAGAAGUACGGCUGGGUCUCUCCUCCCGUGUCCGACGGCUGAUGUCAGCAUCUUCGAUGGCAAUCCCGACAUGGCGUUUUUCAGUUGGGUUUUCUUCUUUUUCAUCAUCAAACUUAACUACGACAAAAAAACAAAACAAAAACAACAACAAAAGCUAGCGCGUCAUAUCUCACACAUCAACGUGGCACAUUCAGCAUCAUUCCGUCCUUCACUCUUCUUCAUCGAGGUGCCAUGGACCGAACACUCGCUGCGACAUCACAAUUACUCAUGAGUGGCCGUCACUGCAGCUACAUACAGCUAAAGACUCCGGAUACGACUGAGGCUCCAAGCUAAAUUAAAUGUGCACCAAUCCUCCCUCUAUAUACUGUCUGUCUGUCUUGCUUCUUUUCUCCACCAUCUAUCCCUCGUUCUUUUAAUAGCUGACAAUGACUUGCGCUGAACAGCAUCAGACCUGCCUCCCAUUUACAUGCAAAUGACUUUGUUAACACUUAAUAGAUAAGCAGAUCAUCACACUACAUUCGAGGUUCAGUUUUGCUGGUUUCCUCCUCAUUGGCUGUGCUGUUUUUCACGGUUGGAUGCAACUUGAUGAUUGUAAUUUAUGUAGAGCUGUGCUCUUUCUUUUCCUCUGUGCGCGUGGCGAAAUUUAGACAUCACUGUGUUGCGUAGAUGGUGAUUGAUUUCCAAUGGAGAAAAAAAAAAUACUCUAGGGCUUUGUUCAGACAGGCAGCAAAUAUCUGAUUUUUUAGGCAUAUCCCAUUCAAAUUCAAUUACAGUUUUGAACGCUGAACUGAAGAAAAAUUCACAUCAAUGUGGUUUAAAAUUUUAAGAUCCAAAUCAAUUUUCAGUUCAUUUCUCCUCACAUAGCAAACCAUGUGACUGUGUAAAUGAGUGCACAAGUCAGCAGUAUAUGCAUGGAUGCGUAAAAAUGCCUCUUGCGAGUCUAGCACCACCACAUGAUAGACACGAGCAGAGGAAAAAUUCCCAGUUUUCCAUCCUCUCGUUCCACAUUGACAGCUGCUCUUGGUUGUCUGGCGUCGCACUGGAUUUCCACAACACAGUCUGAACAAACACCAGAUUUCAUCACUUACAAAAUGGCAGACUCUCAAUCCAAAAAUUGGAUUGACGUGCAAGCCUUCGUCGCUAAUACAGAGGUCCAAGAUUUUAAAAAACAAAACAAACAAAAAAAGGCAUAAACCACCUCUGUUGAUUUGUUUUAUUAUUUGUUUUCGGAGAAGACCAAAAGCUCUUAAUUCUAAUGGUUUAGAUACCAGAUGGCAUUAGUGAAUGUCAGCGUCCCAGUGGGAUCUUGGCAUUGGCGAGAGAUAGAGAGAGGCAUGUGACAGACAUGGUGAUGUUUGCGUUCACCAUGGCAUCAGUCCCUACAGAGCUCUGAACAACAGGACAUUGCCGACCAAGCAGACCCAACCUCAUGUUAGAAUAUUGCAGUAUCUUAGUACCUUCACACACCGAUGCUCCAAACAUGAUCAAAAAUUAAUUGUGUUGAUUCGCUUGUACUAUUUGGGCUCGUCAUCGAUCGAUAUGCUUGUGGUUGCGGGCCUGAUUCCUCCACCCUGCACUGACUCUGCAUCACUGUGCCGUGUGCUUGAUCAAUACUAUACUAGAACAUCGGUAAACAGGACAAAAUGGCUGACAGCACGGGAUGCAAGAUCUCACGGCUGCGUAAAUCAGCGCGCGAAGCUCCGUUAUGACUUUGACAAGAGGCAGAUGAAGAAGGACAGAGGUGAAGAGAGAGACGCUGAGGGGGCGAUUCCUUUGUUCAGGAACCUUGAGGAAUGAGGGCGGCUCGUUUAGUUGCCUGAUUGAUGCUCUCCGAGAGACACAGCUCCACGCCUUGAUGUUUAUUGACUUCUCCUUCAAAUGUCAGCGUGAAUCUGGAACAGCUCGACUGCAUCUUGUGAGCGGUGAGAUGCAGAAGAAGCUCUGUUUGUUUUAGAUCCCACCCUACCCAUGGUGCUCUCCACACGGUGUGUUUGUGAAAUACAAAUGUAGUCGAGGAGUCGAAAUUAUAUAAGGCCUGUUAGAGGAGGAAUUUGCACAAAAAUGUUCAUUCUGUCAGAAACGUUUCUUAAACGUAGUGCUGUUUCAAGUGUGUAUGGCUAUCUUUAGUCAUUGAAACGCAAUUGGAAAAGUGUGUAGUGGCUGCUCUUUUUCCAUUAAAUUGUCAUUCUCAAUUGUCAGUCUUUUCUGAAGGCAUAUGAGUAUUUAAUAUGAGGAAAGAUCUAAAUUUAAAGGGGUGUUUACAUAACACUAAACUAAAAACUGAAAAUAUUUUCUGUAUUUUGGCCAUUUCUGAAAAUGCAAACAAAUUUUUUAUCAUCUAAACCAGUGUUUCUCAACCAUGGUCCUGGAGGACCACCAACACUGCAUGUUUUAGAUGUCUUCUUUGUCUGUCGCACCCAUUACUGGUCUUUCAGUCUCUGCUAAUGAACUGAUGAUCUGGAUCAGGUGUGUUUGGUUAAAGAGACAUGUAAAAUAUGCAGAGCUGGUGGUCCUCAAGGAACGUGGUUGAGAAACACUUAUCUAAACUACGAAAAUAAAAAUUUGCUAAACCUACGGUGGCCGAGAGAGCUUAACGUGCUGCAAUUUAAGAAAACUCGUGCUAUUACAAAAAACGCCAGCGAAUUGAGAAAAGAUCUUCAUCAGUUCAUCAGCAAAUCGUCACAAUGUAAACACAUUUUUAAAAAAAACACUGCAUUUUCACACAACGCAAACAAUUAAUAAAACGCUCUGCAUUUUCACACAAUGCAAACAUUUAACAAAAACUCGCUGCAUUUUCUCACAACAUAACUGAAAUGCUUCAAGGAGACCCUAAAACAUGACAGACCCUGCUAUUUAUGGUAUGGUUAUUUAGGCUAAUAAAUUCUAAAGAAACGGGAAUCAGGAUAUUAAAAUAAACAAGCAAAAACUCACCCUUCAAAGAUCACAUACGCCCGAUUCACAUGGGCCAACGCUUGACAGAGGGCGUGUCUGAAAUUGAGGAUGAUGUGAUCGUGAUAGCAGCGUCAGCCAAUGAAAUUAGUCCACAAUCAACAUGGCUAAGCUGGUGUAUUUGCAUAAAGCAAUCUGAUUGGCUGACGCGUCCGUUGGCUCUUGAAAAGUUGAGAAGUUCCCAAUUUCUGCAGCGAGCAACGCCACUGAAGCGGCGCCGACGGAUCCACAAUGCAGUUCGGCAACGCCUGAUGUCACCUAUUCAAAGUGAAUGGGAAGCGUUGACACUGACACCUCGUGUGAAUGAGGUGUUACAACUUCACUGAGCAAUAGUUAUGGCACAGCGGCAUUUGUCACGUUUUUGGGUCCUUUUGAAUCAUUUCCGUUGUGUUCCGUUCUUUUUGUGUUGUGAGAAAAUGCAGCGUUUUUUGUAAAUUGUUUUCAUUGUGGGAAUACAUUGAGUUUUAUUUUCGCGUUUUUUUUUUUUAUGUGUUUACGUUGUGAUGAUUUGCAGCACGUGUGCUGUCAAACUGAUGAAGAUCUUUUUUCAAUUUGCUGGCGUUUUUUGUUAUUGCAUGUGUUUUCUUAAAUUGCAUCAUGUUAAGCUCUCUCAGCUACCCUAUAAACAGAAUGCACAUGCAUAUUAUGUGUGGAGUCUACCAUCAGCAGUUUUAAAGGCGCUUUAUUUAACAUUUAUUUAGUACUAUUAUUAUCAUGCACAACUCUUCAACACGGGUCUGACCGGGGUCAUUUUGGCAAUUACUUUUUUUGUACAUUGUCAUAUAAAUGUACACAAAGUAAAGGACUAAGACAGUCUAUCUUCCACCAUUAAAGUCUGGAGCCACAUUCACUCAAACAAUGACUUUUGCUGCUUGUUCAACCUACUAAAAGUGAUUUGAAACAACACAAUUCUUACAUUUUUUGGGACAACUUAAUUGUUUUAUAUUCAGUCCACUUAAGCUAACUUAAUCGAUUUGGGACAACAUGAAAGAAUUGUGUGGAACCCGGCAUUUUUUACAGUGUUUGAUGUCAGCGUGGGUGGCACAUUGGCUUAGUGGUUACCACUGUCGCCUCACAGCAAGAAGGUCGCUGGUUUGUGUCCUGGCUGUACCAGUUGGCGUUUCUGUGUGGAGUUUGCAUGUUCUCCCCGUGCUCAUGUGGGUUUUCUCUGGGAGCUCCGGUUUGGCCCACAGCCCAAAGACAUGCGGUAUAGGUGAAUCGGGUAAACAAAAUUGGCCGUAGUGUAUGAGAGUGUGUAAAUUACUGUGUAUGGGUGUUUCCCAGUAAUGGGUUGCGGCUGAAAGGGCAUCCACUGCGUAAAACAUAUGCCAGAAUACUUGGCAGUUCAUUCCGCUGUGGCGACCCCUGAUAAAUAAGGUACUAAGCCAAAGAAAAAUGAAUGAUGUCAAUGUUGUUUUGACAUCAUUAUAACUGCUGAUAUGAUAAACCCUGAAUGCUUUUAGUUUAAAAUCCCUUGUUUGUAGGCCACCCAAAAUGAUCAUAUGACUUCAGAAGACUGUAAUAUGGCAGACAUGAGAUUAUGAGUAUGAUUUUAUCAUAAUAUUUUGUCAUUUUAAAACAUGACAGCUUUGAUCUACACUGAAUGUCAUUACACAGAGAAGAACAACAGUUUGCUUCUUGUUGAAAGAAAGCCUUACACAUUUGACUUCAUUUGAGUGAACUACUGCUUAAAAAACAACACGUCGAGGUUGAAAAUAAUCUAAUUUCCAUGUUGAUAUACACAAUAUUUCAAGGGUAAUCUUCUUCAGACAUGGAAACAGCAUGUGCCAAAAGCUUAAUGUACUUUGUCACCAUUUCCUUGUGUGUUUUCCUGUGUGUAACUGCUGCGCUCUCAGUAGAAAGACUCUCUGCUAUCACUGACGGUUUCAAAUGUCACAUGAGAAGCUGCUAAUUAAUACGGCAUUUGAACAAAAAAGGAGAAGAAAAAAGACAAGGACACUGCUGUGUAAAUGAUAAAACCACAAAUUCUGAUGCCCUGAAGGAAGAUGAUGGGGGAAACAACACUGUUUAAUGAUCUGUUAUUGAUAUUUAUUUCUGUCUAGUAGUUUUUGUGUUAUUAAUAUUAAGGUUAUCCAUUAUAAUAAAUGGAGUGCUAUGAAAAGUGGCAAACACUAAUUUUGCUGUAUGCAGUGGUGUUCAUAGGAAAUGAAAUUAAUGCUGAUCACUGGAGAACUUGUAUUUCAUGUUCGUAUCAAUGCAGCGAUUGUAAAAAAAAACAAACAAACAAACAAAAAAACAUGCGUAAACCCUGGUGUGGGUGGCUUAUUGCAGAUUUCUGUGUGAUCGCAGAUGGUGUCUCUUAUCACUACUGAAGUGCAUUUGGUCUUCUCCAGUCUCUUGUUCGGACAUUACUGAGAAGUGGUCGUGUGUUUUCCUAUUUAGUGAGAGGAGAUACUAUACCAAGGACUUACUAUAACCAGUCGAAAAUAUCGCGAAAUUGGAUGUUUUCUGGUUUAAAGCAUAAUUUUGUGAUAUAGUUUAGCGCCGUAGUUUGCAGAAACUAACUAACAGAGUUGAUCGUCCAAACGAAUGAGAUGAUUCUGUUGUAUUAUAUCUGCAUGUGGUCUGUGAUUGUUAGCUAGCUAACUUGUUUUCAUUUUCCUUUUCGUUUUUGGGUUUCGUUUUUUCAAAAAUGCAAGAAAGUAACGAAAAAGAGCAGAAGCCGCUUCUUUGUACUUUUGGGUUCGUUCCGUUUGUCCUGGUUUUUCUUUAUUAAUGUCCUUAAAUGUCAAAUUGUGUUCUAUGAAUGUGUUUUAAUUUAUUUGUAGUUUGCCAAAAUGAAGAUUUUGAAGCAUGUUGCAGGCAUUGUCACUGAUGAUAAAAAGAGAAAGAAAAUAAAUGGAAAAAAAAUAUUAAUAUAUGUACCUGGAUUGAAAGGAGUCUGGUAUAUGUAGUGAUCUCAGGCUUUCACGGGGUGAAAGGUAAAAACUACAAGACAAUGUGUUUUCUGCACUGCGUAAACAUCAUGCCAGGAUGUGGUCAGAGCAAAACCAAACAGGAAUGUGCAAUAAAGGCUGUAGGCUGAUUCCACCCUGGAA